UUCAGAUUAUAUUAUAUUAAUAUUGGUUCUUGUCAUAGUGACCUACGGUGUUCUUUCCAGAGAUUAUUGAUUCGCAAGAGACAUAACAAGAUAAAAAAAGAGCUAGUGGAAAAGUAAGAAUUAACGCAAAUUCAUAAUUAAAUGGCACCUUCGAUAACAAAGACACAACUAUCUGCUCCUGAGCCAGAACAUUGCCCGGGACCAGAGUCAGAGAACGCUGGGAAGGGAGAUGCUUGUCAGGGAUGUCCAAAUCAAAAUGUUUGUGAGUCACAACUACCUCAAGGACCAGAUCCAGAUAUUGCUCUAAUUAAUAAACGACUUUCUCAAAUAGAUCAUAAAUUACUUGUCUUAUCGGGUAAAGGAGGUGUUGGGAAGUCUACAUUCACUUCUAUGUUGUCGUGGGCAUUAGCAGCAGAUGAAGAACUUGAAGUUGGGGCUAUGGAUCUUGAUAUCUGUGGUCCUUCUUUACCACGUAUGUUAGGGGCUGAAGGUGAACUGAUUCAUCAAUCAAAUUCCGGAUGGUCUCCUGUUUAUGUCGCUGAUAACUUGGGCCUUAUGAGUAUAUCGUUUAUGCUUCCUGACCCUGAUUCUGCUAUUAUUUGGAGAGGUGCCAAAAAGAACGGUUUAAUCAAGCAGUUCUUAAAGGAUGUUAAUUGGGGUGAUCACUUGGACUACUUGGUGGUUGAUACUCCUCCUGGUACCUCUGAUGAACACUUAUCAGUUACCACAUAUAUGAAGGAAGUUGGUAUAGAUGGUGCGUUGAUUGUCACUACUCCCCAAGAAGUUGCAUUGUUAGACGUCAGAAAAGAAAUCGAUUUCUGUCGUAAAGCCAAUAUAAGGAUUUUGGGUCUUGUUGAAAACAUGUCAGGAUUUGUUUGCCCAAGUUGUAAAGGUGAAUCACAAAUUUUCAAACCAACCACUGGUGGUGGUAAACAAUUAUGUCAAGAUUUAAACAUUCCUUAUUUAGGGGCCGUGCCUUUGGACCCUAGAAUUGGUAGAGCUUGUGAUAGUGGUGAGUCCUUCUUUGAUAGCUAUGCCGAUUCUCCAGCUGCUACAGCCAUCUUAGAUGUAGUUGAUGGUUUACGGGACCAAGUCGAAUUGAGCUUAAACAAAUUGAACUUAGAUAACUAAUUCUAUAAAUUGCAUUUUAAUACCUUCUUAUAAUCUUUA